AUGGCUGCAGUCAUAUACAUAUCCGUUCACGACUCAAACGGCGCCACGUUCUCACUUGUGUGCUCCAAAACUAAGGUAGCACCUCUCAAGCGGCUCUCAAUCCCGCGACUUGAACUCACGGCUGCUCUUCUGCUCUCUCGGCUCAUGCAAUACGUCACAGCCACUUUGAACAUGGACGUUACGGCAACGCAUAUGUGGACGGACUCUCUAGUGACACUCUCGUGGAUCAGAUCUCAUGCAUCACGCUGGAAGGAUUUCGUCAGGAACAGGGUGGCUCAAAUUCAAGAACUCACUCCAGCUGCUCACUGGAGAUACAUACCUGGAACUUCGAAUCCGGCUGACUGCGCAUCACGAGGCCUCACGACUGCUCAGCUUCAAAACCACGCACUUUGGUGGACGGGACCACCAUGGAUACUCAAACCAGACUCAUGGCCGUCGCAACCUGCACUCUCUGACGAGAUGAGUGCAACAGAAGCUCGCCCAGGCGUUUCGCUAUUGACGGUUACGCCAAGGACUGAAUAUCAAUGGGAACUCAUCUACAGGUACUCAAGCCUCACUAAACUAUUGAGGAUUACAGCUCUCUGUUUCAGAUUCGUCUCACGAUUGAGGAAAGUCCAUGACUCAUUGCCUGUCAGACACAUCUCUCCAGAGACCUUGGAGAAAGCGAGGCUCUUCUGGAUUCAGGCAACUCAAGCAACGUACUUCUCGCACGAGCUCAAGGCAUUGCAGGCAGACUCACCGUUAGCAAAGGCGCACGCAUUCAACAGAUUGACUGCGUACAUCGACGCUCAAGGAGUCAUUCGCGUCGGCGGACGACUCGCUCACGCAGCUCUCUCAUUCGACGCGAUACAUCCUGUUAUAUUGCCUCGUCACUCUCAGCUCUCGUCAUUGAUCGUCAUCGCUCACGCUCAUCAACGGACUCUACAUGGAGGCACGCAGCUUACGCUGUCAUACAUCCGACAACAAUACUGGAUUCUCGGCGGGAGGGCUCCUGUCAAGUCUCACAUCCUGCGGUGUGUCACGUGUGCUCGGCAGAGGGGGAUCCGUGCUCAUCAAUUGAUGGGCCAACUACCUCUCUCUCGGGUUACGCAGGCACGACCGUUCACUCAUACAGGGGUGGACUACGCAGGGCCGCUCACCGUCAAAACGUGGAAAGGAAGAGGUGCCAGAACAACGAAAGGCUGGAUUUGCGUUUUUGUCUGCUUCUCAACCUCAGCAGUACACCUCGAGGCGGUCAAUGACUACUCAACGGAAGGAUUCAUUGCCGCCUAUCGACGUUUCUCAUCCAGACGCGGCAUUGCUCACACCCUACACUCCGACUGCGGCACCAAUUUCAUCGGCGCGGAUGCAGCUCUCAAAAGGCUGUUUAUCCAGAGCACUCAAGAACAUCAUCGAGUCUCUCACCUGCUCUCGCAAGACAAUACUCGAUGGGAAUUCAAUCCCCCAGCGACACCUCACAUGGGAGGAAAAUGGGAGGCCGUCGUAAAAUCUAUCAAGUACCACCUACGGCGGACCAUUGGAGAAAGCGUGCUCACCUUUGAGGAACUCACCACAUUGCUCACUCAAAUUGAGGCAAUUCUCAAUUCGCGCCCGCUCGAACCAUUGAGUGACGACGCGGACGACAUCUCAGCACUCACGCCAGGCCACUUCCUCGUAGGAAGUCCGCUCACCGCUAUACCAGAGCCCUCACUCACCGACCUGGCAAUCUCAAGACUCUCUCGAUGGCAGCUCAUCCAGCAGAAGGCUCAACAUUUCUGGACACACUGGGCAGCACAUUACCUACAUCGACAACAAGCCAUCUCAAAGUGGCACCACAGGAACAACGAAAUCAAGGUCGGGUCAUUGGUGCUCAUCACCGACGAGCGGCUACCGCUAUGCAAAUGGCCGCUAGCCCGGAUCACGGCUCUACAUCCUGGGAAGGAUGGUCUCGUCCGGGUGGUGACUCUGAAGACAGCCACUACCACUCUCAUCCGACCAGUAGUCAAGCUCGCCGUUCUGCCAAUCUCAUCAUAA